AAUCCCGGCUGCAUCCUCUGGCGACCAUACACAUACACGUGGUCAUUCUGGAAUCUCUAUACCGUCUUCUCCAAACGCAGAGACAGAGUGUGUGUGGACUGGUGAGAGCUACGAUGGCUGAACAUGCAGUUUUCUCUCUGUCGGCGACAAUGAAAGCAUCCUCACCGACGUUCAAAAUCGCAUCACCUCCUCUUCCGUUUUUGCCCUCCCGCUCCCGCUCCCUCUCCCUCUCCUUCCCUCGUCUCUCUACUAAAAUCGCUUUUAAACUCAAAUCCAAUCCUAUCCGCUGCGUUUUAUCACCGGAGCUGAAAACGACGCUGGAUAAAGUAGUGACAUCGCAGAAAGUGAUAUUAUUCAUGAAAGGGACAAAGGAAUUUCCACAGUGUGGAUUUUCAAACACAGUAGUCCAAAUAUUGAAUUCGUUGAAUGUGAAAUAUGAAACAAUAAAUAUACUGGAGAAUGAAGUGCUUCGUCAAGGAUUGAAAGAGUAUUCUAGUUGGCCUACUUUUCCUCAACUUUAUAUUGAUGGUGAAUUCUUCGGUGGUUGUGAUAUUACUGUUGAAGCAUAUAAGAGCGGCGAAUUGCAGGAGUUAUUGGAGAGAGCAAUGUGCUCCUGAAUCUAAUUACUAAUAGUUAUGGAAGGUUGUGCUGCUUGUUCACCUGCUUGAUGAAGUCUAUUGUGCGUCAACUGAAGUCUGUUCAUAAUGACACUGUCAACUAAACUUUUCACCAUAUUGUUACAUUAUCGGGAUUUGCAUCUGAGAGAGGAGAAACUCUAGCAGUAGUCUAGCUGCAGAGUUUCCCCCUCUGAAACGCCAAAAAAUUCCCUCAAUUUAUUAGAUGGAACUGUGAUCUAAGGUUCUCAAAAUUGCCUUCCAAAUUACAAAAAUGAAACAAAUAAUGAUGGGUGGAAUCUCUUUGAAGUCAUAUCUGUAUAUUGAUGAGAGUUGAACCUCACUUUUAUAUUUUCUAUUUAUCCUUUUUAGCUGCA